GACUGUAAAACGCUCGGAUUUCGAUUUUCCAUUCUAACUGCAUAACUACUAGCAACGAGUCGAGUACGUUUCUACAUUUACAUUUUACAGUAAUGUCACAACACACAACAAAUCAGCCAGGCGGGGAUAAAAGAAAUGAAACAGACAAGGAAAAGAAGAAGAAGGAAAGCAUCCUAGACCUGAAGAAAUAUUUGGACAAGCCAAUCCGUGUCAAGUUCAGUGGAGGCAGAGAGGCUAGUGGUAUCUUGAAGGGUUUUGAUCAGCUCUUGAAUCUUGUACUCGAUGGAACAACAGAAUAUCUCAGGGAUCCAGACGACCCCUUUAAACUAACAGAAGAUACUCGGUCACUAGGGCUCGUUGUCUGUCGUGGUACGUCUGUUGUCCUCAUCUGUCCUUCUGAUGGCAUGGAGGCUAUAGCCAACCCUUUUGUCCAACAAGAGUAGAUCAUUUAAAAAUAUAACUUGUGAAUGUGUUCAUGUGAGAGGUUGCUGAUGUGUUAAUUGAUGGAAUGGUUGAGUGAUGAGCUAGUGUACAGAAAGUGAUGCUUGUUUUUAUAUCAUUUCAUGUUUCUUUUCUUCAAAUGAUUCAUCCCAUGCCCAUACAUUACUAAAUUAAAUAGCAGGUUGUGUUCAUUUCUACACCUGUCUAAAAAAUGUGUCUGACUCUGAAAUUUUAUAACUGUUACAUUUUAAGUUGAUUUUGUUUGUGUAAGAACUUGUACAAAUGACAUACAUAACAAUCAAAACCAAAGUUAAAAGUAUAAUUUUUUAUUAUUAAAAAUGUCGUGUUAAACAUGUACUACUGUUUUAUUGCGCUGAAACAGUACAAAGAUGUGUGUAGAAGACAUACAUACCCAUGUUUUAAAUAAUAAAAAAAAAAGUUUUUCACACAAGUC